AUGUUUCACACUGUAUUGAGAAUGAUAGGAGCAGAUAUAACUCCACCUUCUCAAAGGAACACAGCAAUAUUAGCACCAUAUAAAUUAUACAUAAUGCUUAGGUACCUUGCAACAGGCUCAUUUUUGCUAACUGUCGCGGACUUCACUGGUGUCAGUGAAUCCUCAGCUUGUAGAUACAUCCAUCAAGUUUGUAGAGCCUUAGCAAGGCAUAGGUCAAAAUUCGUUUAUUUUCCAAAAAAUGAAGUUGACAUGAGGAACGUAGUCUGUGGAUUUUACAGCCAUAGUAGAUUUCCUARAGUGGUGGGAGCWGUGGAUUGUACUCACAUAAAAAUUCAAUCUCCCGGUGGAGAUAAUGCGGAAACAUUCCGAAACAGGAAAGGAUAUUUUUCCAUCAAUACACAAUGUAUUUGUAAUCCAUCGCUUAAAAUAAUGGACAUAGUGGYGCGAUGGCCGGGGUCAUGUCAUGAUCAGAUUAUUUUUGAUAACUCUUCAAUAAAACAUCAAUUUGAAACAGGGGUCAUUAAAGGAUACCUGUUAGGAGACGGUGGUUAUGAAGUUAAGCCUUAUCUUAUGACACCUCUGCUGAACCCUACUACACUAAGCCAGCAAUGUUUUUGUGUUCUGAAACAAAGGUUUUCUGUGCUCAGCAAAGGCAUAACAGCAAGCUUAGUUAAUACACAAGCAUUAAUUGUAGCGUGUGCUGUGAUCCAUAAUAUUUGUAUUAAUAUGCACGAUGACAUUCCAAAUGACGCAUUUCAGCACGAGGGCUAUGAUAAUAAUGUGGAUAUUGCAGAAGACAACUAUCAAAAUCAAAAUGUUAUAGGAGUUGUGAGAGGUAGACAAGAAAGAGAUAUUCUGAUCAGCGAUCAUUUUGCCAAUUUAGUGUGA